AGCAAUAAGAAUCGCUGUACAAAACGAUCGUCGGCACUCCAAAUGGUCGAUAUACUUCACGGAAACAACGAUAUACAAGGAGAACACCCCGUGGUAAACAGAGGAACAUUACCUCUGCGGUUGGGGUCAGGGUGACGCGAGUUGAGCUAUGACCACAAAGUGAAAUUGCUUCCGUUACCGUAGACAGCAUUCUAGACAGGGCCGCAUGUCCAACCUAACAGCUUCAAAGUCCUGUUGAUUGACCAGCGCGCUUGCUGUACUUCUACCACUGUCACUACUCAGCAGCCCGUGUUUCGAUACAAACACGUGACAACCACAUCGAAAAGAUGAAGCAAAAGUGACUUUCGUUGGCUCUGGCGGGCCUUCUCUGUUCCUAACAAGCAAGAUGCCCUUUCCUCGAUCUCGUCCAGUAGACGGAAGAACUACUCGCUUUCAUGGUGGUCCAAGCGUUCCGAGUCCUCGUCAAGUGUCCAGACUUGACGUCUGUCGGUCUUCGUUUUGUCAUAUGGGCUACCGUACAUACUCUAUGCUCUAUGGAUGCAAGUAUUUCCGAGCUGACAGUCCUCUGCUCGAGCUUGAGUCUGAGCCACGACACUGUCUCAAAGUAGUGGACCUGUUUUCUUCCUUCAUAGGCUCUACGUUGCCUGAACGUUCAAGUCAAACGAUCAUUGAUGUUGUCUCGCGCACGAGCUGAAGGUCUUCUUGAGCUAGCUUCACGUCUUUGCUCGCGAGGUCAGUUAUGCAUGAUUCAGACAUGCAAAAGGACGAACUCGCUCUACCAGGAAAUUAUAAAACGAGUCCAAAUCCAGAGUAUGGAGCAGCAACCUCCGAAUAUCUGUCUGAGAGCAAAUGCAACUCACUCCACGCUUGGUAUAACUGCUUCACUGAUUCAAACUUGAGAGUUCAUCAAAAGCGAUAACAUUUUUAAACACCUUGAAACUAAAAACCAUUAGUGGGAUCAGAUUGCCAGAAAGAGCAGAAGCUGAUAUCCAUCGCAGCAAAAUGGCAUUGCCUUCCUUUCCAUCUGUAUGGGCUUUGCUGUGUCUGCUUGUACUAGUAGAGGCUCACUCGGAUGGUGUUGAUUACUAUUUGCCAACUUGCCCGCAAGCAACAUCCGUCGUCAAGGAAAAAGUCACCGAAUAUUUGAAGCACAACAAGAAUCUGGCAGGGGGAUUUCUGCGAUUGCAUUUCCAUGACUGCUUUGUAAGGGGUUGCGAUGCAUCUGUUCUUCUGGACUCACCAGAAAAAACAGCAGAGAAGGAUGCACCAGGCAAUGCGGUAUCGUUGAGGGGAUUCGAAGAGAUUGCGGAGAUGAAGUCAUUGUUGGAAGAUCAGUGUCCCGGCAUUGUGUCAUGCGCCGACAUCGUUGCUCUGGCUGCUCGUGACGCCGUCGUCAAGGUAGGAGGCCCAAGCUGGCCUGUAGCUUUGGGGCGCAAGGAUGGUUACAUAUCGUCGGACGUGGAAACGAACGCGAGUCUCCCGACUACAUUCAUGAGCUUCGAGGAACUGGUGCAAAACUUUGCCGCCGUGGGGCUGGAUGAGGACGAGAUGGUCGUUCUUUCAGGAGCACACACGAUCGGUCGAUCCACAUGCUUGUCAGUAAAAAACCGCCUGUAUGAAUUCGACGGAGUUGAAGGCGCGGUCGACCCGUCACUCGACAGCGACUUGGCGGAUCAGCUCAAGAAAAAGUGUCCUCAGAACGAGGAUGGAGAAAUCCUUGAGAUGGAUCCGACCAAGAACACAUUCGACCAUCUCUACUUCAAGGCUGUUCUGGCCAAUAAGGGAAUUUUCCACUCUGAUGCUCAGCUUCUGACCACUGAAGUCGGUAAGAAGCUGGUCAAGAAGUAUUCUGUACCCGGAUCAUCCUUCUCCCAAGACUUCGCCGCAGCCAUGGUGAAGAUGAGUAACAUUCAGUGGAAUCCCCUGGGAGAAGUUCGCAGAGUCUGUUCCGCCGUCAACCAGUAACGCAGGCAUGGAAGGGGAAGCUGCAAAGCAGAACAGAAGCUUUACUUCAGUGCGCCAUGUUCGUGAUCAACACCGCUGCGAAGGCGGUCAAAUUGGUCAAUUAGCAGUUAGUUUGAACUUCUAUCUGAUAAAUAUUACAGUGUAGGUAUUAAGCAUAUUUCCGGUCUUCAGCCUACUGCCUUGUACAAUUACAGCUUCAUUAGAAUGGCGACAUGACACGGAAGAUCUCGCAGGUUUUGCUCUUGGCUUCCAACCAUCCUGAAUUUCACGUGAACAGUUCACACGAUAGAACAGUUUCCCCGCUUCAUAGCCUUGAUGGGAUUUGGGACUAUUCAGAUUCAUCGUGCAGAUCGUUAUUAUUCACAUCCCUGUAGUAGUCACAUGUUAAAGACAAAUAAUAUUCUUGAGCUAUUCUUGAAAAGACCGGAAUAUAAGAGGA